CUUCUAUUCAAGUACCAAUUAAAGAGCCUAUUCAAGAGGAUAUCCAAGAACCUGUUCAAGUAGCUAUCCAAGAACCCAUUCAAAAGGAAUCAUGCUGUAAUCCUGAGGAAUUUGAUAGAAAGCGCUUUUAUAUAGAAAUGAAAAAGGAGGAUUUUGAUAGAAAAAGAGGAGAUUAUAUAGAUAAGAAAGGGGUUAUAGCUGAAAUUCAUAAAGAAAUAUUUUCAGAAAGUAAUACUAAACCUUUUACUCAAAAGAGUAAUAAAAAGAAUAGAGACUAUAUUACCCAGGAAGAGGCAGACAA